UUUGGUGCCCAAGUAAAACCUGACUUUCUCGACCUCUCCACUUUUUGAUGAUCGUUCUCUCUUUUACUUCGCCUUCGGUUCUCGUUCGUUCUUUUCCUCUCUUUUGCCUGCCUUCCUCUCCCGCUCCCUUCCUUCUUUCCCCUUGCAGCUCGCUCAAAGGCGGGGGGUUCCCAAGAAGAUCGCCCACCUCUUGGAUCUUAAAUUUUGACUCCAGAUUGUUGCUAACCGGACUUCCUUCGGAUUGAGAUCCGCAGCCUCCUCCGCCUGGCUCCGUGUCCCUCUGUGACCCCCGACGCUGCCGCCGCCGCCCCCCGACCCACACCUUGGGUUUGAUCCGGACGGCCAGUCAAUGUCACCCUGAAAGACAUGGAAGGAUCCAACGCCUUUGGGAUCGACUCCCUCCUCUCCCAUCGACCGGGGAGUCCCGCCCUGCCCAAAGGGGAUCCGCUCAUGGGCGAAGGCCGGUCCCCCUUGGAACUCAGCCCCCGCUCCGAAAUCAGCAGCGCCUGCCCGUCUCCCCACUCGCCCGGGAGGGACUGCUUGGAGACGGUGCCCCCCCGGUCGGGGGUGGCGGUGGGGCUCGAUCCUCACCUGCCAGGCGGACAGAUCUCCGCUCCUGCGCAAUCCAGAACGGUGACUUCUUCCUUCUUAAUCAGGGACAUUUUGGCCGAUUGCAAACCUUUGGCAGCCUGCGCCCCUUACUCCAGCACCAAUGGACCAAGCGCGCAGGAGCCGCCGGUUCGAACCCCGGCCAAGGCCGGCGAGGAUUUUCGGGAGAAGAUGGAUAAAGGCGGAAGCAAUUCCUCUUCCGAUUCGGAAUAUAAAGUGAAAGAGGAAGGGGACCGCGAGAUCUCCAGCUCCAGGGAGUCUCCGCCGGUGCGGCUGAAGAAACCGCGGAAAGCCCGAACCGCCUUCACCGACCACCAGCUGGCGCAACUGGAGCGCAGCUUCGAGCGGCAGAAAUACCUGAGCGUUCAGGAUCGCAUGGAGCUGGCCGCCUCCCUCAACCUGACCGACACCCAAGUCAAGACGUGGUACCAGAACAGGAGGACCAAGUGGAAAAGGCAGACGGCGGUGGGGCUGGAGCUGCUGGCCGAAGCGGGGAAUUACUCAGCCCUGCAACGGAUGUUCCCCUCGCCCUACUUCUACCCGCAGAGCCUGGUCUCGAACCUGGACCCCGGGGCCGCCCUGUAUCUCUACCGCGGGCCCAGCGCCCCCCCGCCGGCUCUCCAGAGGCCGCUGGUGCCCCGGAUCCUCAUCCACGGACUGCAAGGGGGCAGCGAGCCCCCGCCGCCUUUACCCCCACUGGCUGGGGUCCUUCCCCGGGCGGCUCAGCCCCGGUGAGAGCGCCCCGGGACGUCCGGAGCCCCAGAGGUGCAGGCAGAGAACGUGGGGACGCCGUUUUCCGCGGAUCCAUCCCUCUCUUCUUGCCCAGCCAGCCAGCCAAACCGACAGAAUCUGGAUUGACUCUUAAAAGGGGGGGAGGGGAAGGAAAGGAGAGCCGAUCCGGCUUGGCCAUCA